AUGGCUAGGGUCGAAGAUUCCUUGCACUGGUCGGCGCAACUGGCCGUGACUCCGCCACUGCGAACUCCGAAGCUUCCUGGCGAUAAGAUCAUUUUACCUCAAUCCGCUCUCGAGCAGCUCCUCGCCGCUGCUCCCAUCACCGAGGUAUCUACUCAGGAAUCUCGCUCGUAUACCAGGGCAUUUGAUCCAUUUAAUCCGCACACAUUUGCCGCCGAGUCUCGAGCUAGAGAGCAAGGCUUACAACGCCAACAGCAACUGCCUCAUCCGUUGACAUUUCGCAUCGUGAACCCCCAGAAUGAUCGCGUGAUCUACGCUGGAAUUCGGGAGUUCUCCGCAAGUGAAAAUGAGGUGGGACUCAGCGCUUCCCUCCGUGAUGCACUUGGUUUCGAAGAUGAUCAGUUCCGGUUGCAAGCUGAGAGGAAUUUAAGAGAGACCCAAAAUGGGGACGGGGACGAGACAGAGCGGGUUGAAUCUAUUGCUUUGACGACUUCAAACCAAGGCCCGACAGUCACAGUUCAUGCGAAGCAACUACCCAAGGGUACUUAUGUACGUCUUCGCCCACUCGAAGCUGGAUACGACCCAGAGGAUUGGAAGGCUCUUCUCGAACGUUACUUGCGCGAUAACUUCACUACUUUAACUACCGGGGAGAUUUUGACCGUCCUAGAGGGUCGCAAUGAAUCGUUUAGAUUUCUCGUUGACAAGGUGUACCCGGAAGGUGAUGGGAUUUGCAUUGUCGACACGGAUCUGGAGGUGGACAUCCUUGCUUUGUCUGAAGAGCAGGCGAGAGAAACACUACGGAGACGAUUAGAGAAGGCCGCUCGCGCUCCUGGAACUAAGGAAGGCAGUUCGAUUGGCGGUGUUAUCACUAUUGGAGAGGGCAUCAGAGCUCAGGUUGCACCGGGUGAAUAUGUCGACUACGAAUUGCAUAACUGGGACCAUGGCAACACCAUCCAAGUCGAGCUCGAUACUCCUGUAGAUAUUACAGAUGUUUUUCUCUUUGUCAGCCCUUUAUCCUCACGUCAACGAAACCGUCCACGAGAGGACGAACAUAUCUUUGGCGACUUUUCGAGCCGGCCAUCUAAGCAGAUCAGAAUCCAACCGACAAACGUUGAGCUAGAGGGUGCUGAGGCACUCUACAUAUCUACUCAUAUCUCUUACCCUCAAGGUGACGAAGCGAAACGGCCGGUGCAUUACAAUUUGCGUGUCGUGGAAACCCCUUCGGAGCCAAGAGAAGUUGACAGUGAAGACCAUUUGGACUCUCACGACCCUGAGGAUGUGCAGUGUAAAAACUGUCAACAAUGGGUGCCUCAGAGAACCUUGAUUCUGCACGAGAAUUUCUGUCUUCGAAACAAUGUGUUCUGUCCUGAUUGUCACAAUGUUUUUCAAAAAAGAUCACCGGAAUGGCAGAACCAUUGGCACUGUCCCCACGAUUCUUCUUAUGGUAAUGAUGCAGCAAGUAAGCACCAGCAUGAUUCUAUUUUCCAUAAGAUGUACACCUGCCCCAUUUGUGACUCUGAAGCCAAAGGACUUCCUAGUCUUGCUCAGCAUCGCACUACGACCUGCCCAGGCAAGUCAAUUUUGUGCCAAUUUUGCCAUCUGGUGGUUCCGCAACAGGGCGAGUCAGAUCCCGAUAUCCACGAUCCGGAAGUGCUGCUCUCUGGUCUCACUCCCCAUGAGUUGGUCGACGGUGGCCGGACGACAGAAUGCCAUCUAUGCAGCAAAAUCAUCCGGCUACGAGAUAUGAAAACCCACUUGCGCCACCAUGAUUUGGAACGUUUGUCUCGACCGCCGCCUCGCGUCUGUCUCAAUCAAAACUGUGGACGAACAAUUGGUCAGGGUACAGCCAACAAUACUGGGAAUGACACCCUUGGGCUUUGCAGCAUCUGCUACGGCCCGCUAUAUGUGGACACCUACGACCCCGAAGGAAAGGCACUUCGACGCCGCAUCGAGCGUCGCUAUCUUUCCCAGAUGAUGACCGGGUGUGGGAAAUCCUGGUGUCAGAAUAAGUAUUGUAAAACGGGAAAACAACUGGAUCCACAACAGCCUCAGUCUCAACCGGCUUCGCUGAGUGCGACAACUAUUCUGACCACAGUUCGACCAUUGCUCGAUGCUGUUAACUUACACGGCCCGAAUAUAGGCCCCCUUUACCUGUGUACCGACCAGGCCGGCCAACAGCGACGUGGCCUGGCGGAAAUGAUUGCGGCAGAAGGUGCGGCAGAAACAGGCAGCGCAAAAAUAUAUGAUCUAGCCUGGUGUGUGGCUGCGGUCGAAGCGACUGGUGGGGAUUUGACCAAGGCAAGAGAGUGGUUGGAGAACUGGGCACCUGCGAGAGGUGAAAAUGCAGGCGCAUAA